AUGGCUGACCACAUGGAAAAAGACGAUGCAGAGAGUGUUUUGCCUGGAAUAGGAGAUCUGAAAUCGUUUUCUCAGGUAUUUAUAGAUGUUACUGCUUAAUUUAUAUAAUUUAAUUCUUCUUAGAUGAAAGGGAGCCAGCUUUGCAUGAAUACGACAAGGAAAUUCUGAUUUGUGCAGCCUUCAAUUUCGAGAGUUUAUCAUCACAUGCUUGUCGAUAAUAAUUCUAUCACAUAUCUAUUUUGAUCCUCAAAAAACGCUGAGGUUAUGUUACAUUCCUCAGUGCAUCUAUAAAAGCUUGGAAUACGACAAGGAAUUCUGGCUAGGUCUAAAUAAUUGUCUUGAUAAACAGUUCUUUGGUCAAGAUCGACCGUGAUAUCUCCCAAACAGGCCCUUCCGCAAGCUUAAGUAAGCAACUUCGGAUUAGAUGGCUAUCUCACAGCCAACCUAUUUUUAAGAGCUAGAAUUUCAAACUGACUUGAUGAUUACAUGGUGUACACUUGGAUCAGAGGAGACCCCUAGGACAAUGUUGAUGUUUGUUUAUCGAAUUCAAGCGCUGGAGUUUGACUUUGUUCAAGGGGGGAGGGCAAUUUGCAACCUAGAUCAGUUAUUAAGCAAAUCAGGGUCCGAGUACUUUUGCCACUAGCAAGGAGCAAGUCAUGAAAUGUUACUUGCUUGUCUUGCUUGUAGAUUGUUACAUUUUUUGAAGGAUUGACUGAUUGUAAAAGGAUAAAGGAUAGACCAAUAAUAAUCUGCUUGCUGUCCUCCUUAGGAAUCCUUAGCUGCUAUUGUCCAAGCUGUAAGGGAAUCUGGCAACUUGCCUGGGGCAGGAGAAGAUCAUGACUUUUACUACAGUUUUCCAGAUUUCAGGGAAUUUAGAUCAGCUCAAGGAGCAAGGCUGCUUAGCAAGUAAGUGACUUCUACUGUUUAAUGCAACUGGUGAAUUAUAGAAUUUGUGUAACAUUUACCACCAUUAAGUUGCAGUAGCAGAGGUACUUGUAGUUAUCUUCUUUUGGAAUGGAUGCUUUUCAUUUAUUCUGUUUAGGUCAUUUAUAUGAUUAGUGAGUUUUCUUCUGUUAAGAGUCAUUAUUUUCUUAUUCCCUGUAUCUCAAUAAUGAUUAAUGAUUUUUAUUGUGUUAAGCUUAUGACAUUUGAUAGAACCAAAGAGGCAUCAAUGUCUUACUGUUUUCACAGCAUUGGAAAUCUGUUGCAUCAUUGGAAGGUUCAUUGUCAGUGGCCCUCAGAUACUCAUGCUAUUGAUCCAGAUAGCGAUGAACUGAUUGACAGUCUUGUAGAAGCCAAUGACAUUCUGCUGGAAAGAGUGGUGAGUUUCUGAAGAUUAUUAUCACUGCUUCUUGGUUGGAGGCUCAUCUUUAUUAAUAAAAAUAUUUGUCUCAUAAGGACACAAACCUCGAUGAGGCUGCAGGCCUGAAAUCAGACAAAACAAACCAGACAGUUGCUGGAGCUCCUGGGCAACAAGGAACGCCAAUUGUGUCAAGUUGGAACAGAGCUAAGGUACAGUGUAAACACACAAUAACUUUCAAAUCAAUGGGAAAAGUAUAGAUUCACUUAAAGUCUAUGACAUAUGUAUAAUUUAAUAACGGUAAAUUAUAACUUAGUGGCACCAUUUUUCCAGAAUGUGUUGUAACAAAUAGGGGUGUGACACAUCUGCAAGAACAUCUGGAAAACUUAUGGCAAAUUUUUAUCAAUUAACUCUAUUCAUCGCAAAUUUAUUUUUUAAGGCCGUAUCAAUUGGCUGGGUACUAAGCUAGAAUUACCAAUGAAUGAACAGAAUAUUUCCUGUUGUUUAUGUAAAACUUUUUUGAAAAUCUGACAGGAUUGAAAAAAAUACUGAGUGAACAAAUAAACCAGAGUGAGAUCAAACAUAUGUCUAAGUCAGAGUCUAUAUAUGAUUUCCAUACUACAGCUUCUAAAAUAAUAGCUUAGAACCAAUAAAGCAACCAAAAUAUGGCAACUUUCUCAAGACUCCAAUUGUGAUUUCUUUUGAUUUCUUUUCAAAAACUUUUUUCCAAAAUAUUACAGUAGGUGCCAAACUUGAGGUGUGGCUUAUUUGUAUGUGCAGCUUAUAUGCUGGUGUAUAUGAUACUUAAAAUCAAUACAACCUUAUACAUGUUUUAAAAAUAAGUACAUCUCAUGUAAAAUUAACUGACUGCAUUAUUAUAUCAAAGAUGUUUUUUUGUGUGUGUUAUCAACUUACAGAAAGACAUCCCUGGAAAGAAAGAUACCAACUUCCGUUUUCUCAUGGCUAAACACAUUCAGAGACCACAACUGAAAUUUAAAGACAAGAUUGACAACAGCAACACUCCUUUCAUUCCAAUCAUCAAGAGAAAACCUAAUUCUUUAAGGCCCCUUGAAGUUGGUAUGUUGAAUGAAAUACUAAAAUCAUUUCAUCACAUGCAGGAAAAUAUCAGUGCCUUUUAUGUAGAGUUAGUGUAAUAAAUACAAACCGCAUAUUACAGAUUUGGCCCCAUUCUUGUCAGAAAUAGAAGGAAAACUAGUCUUGUAUUCAAUACAGAAUAAAUUUAAUUGUAUAUGGUAAACUAGUAAACCAAGAACUAGGAGAGAUGAAAUUUGAUUUCAAUAUGUCAACUCUGGGGAGUGAGACUGAUUUGUGUAUGGUGUUUUUCAGAUGAGACAAGCAGCAGUAGGCAUCUAUCUGGAGAUGCACAAGUACCAUCAGCUAUUGCUGAUUUUGUGCAUCAGGAGAGAGUAAAAGGAAUAAGCAGCUCUUCUGUAAACAGGUGAUCAUUAUAGAAUGUCAAUGCCAAGUUUUCCACCUUUUUUUCUUUGUUGCACUCUGUUUUGGUUCUCUGUGACUUCUUCUUGGACCCAUCUGCUAUAAGCCCUAAAUUUGUUUACAAAACUACAUUAGCAUGCAAAUGUUUAAUCAUUAUUGUUGUCUUUUGUGUGGAUUUCAGUACAGCCCAUCCAUACCAAUAUGAACUGGAAGUGUUUCAACCUCCAGAAAAUCAGCUGAUGCAGCAUAAAGAGGAGGUUAGCUCAAAUGUACAGAAUGAUACAUAGUGUUUACAAAAUAAACAUUAAAGAAUUGGAGAUUAGGCAAGUGAUUUUAAGCUUAAGGGUACUUAUUUCACUUCCAAUUUCUUUUUUUUUCGAUCUGUGUAACUAGAUAGUUUACAUUUUUCUAGAAUGCUUCUGUUGAAAUCACAGUGCACUAAUACAUAUAGUGAAUUAAACUGUUGUGAAAGACUUGAAUUAUGAAAACCAAAGACUUGUUCAAUAUUUCUUUAUCCACUGUUAGUGACCAAUAGUAAGCUGAAGAUUGGUUAUUUCUGAGCUUGCAAAAGUCAUCAACAGCUAGCUAGUGCUUAGCUACAUCCCUCCAGAUGUACUUUUUGUGGUUUUCAAUUUAGGUUUUAUUAAAAUGAUUCACAGUAGAUUAAAACACUUGUAGAUUAUUCUGACUUGUGAAAGCAAAGAAAUUGACCUUAUUUAUGUUUUGUUUUUGUUCUGUUGCCAGCUGUAUGAUGAACUUGAGAAAACUCCAUUCACUUUGAUAGAAACAACAGAACAGCUUCAUGAGCUUUACCAGCAUCUUGCAACUGUGACAGAGUUUGCAGUGGAUCUAGAGGUAAGUUGCUCAUUAUGUUUCCUAGAAGUGAAUAAUAAUACAUGUAUUUAGUCAGUAUGUGAUAGAAUAAUGGUUACUGGCUUCUGAUAAAACAGGUAUACUCUUGCUACUGAACAUCUAUCUUUUUUUGCCAAUGAAUGUGAUCUUUGAAGAAUAAAGCCUGAAUUCUUGGCAAAGUAACAAAAAAAAUUUUACCAUUGCUUACAUGUCACCCUGUAUAAUUUACAUUAUUUUGGGUGAAUUUUUCAAAACAAAAUGCAUUCAAGAAAAUAUCAGUUCUUUUUAUCAAAAUCGCACAUCUCUAACUUUAAAUAGGUAAAUAGCUUGCUGUUUCUUUUUAUCUUGAUCUGUGGUGGUUCAAAUAUGUUGGCAUUGUGUUCAUAUCACCUUGUAUGUUUUUACUCUGUAGGCUCAUUCCUACAGAUCUUUCCAGGGAUUUUGUUGCUUGAUGCAGAUAUCCACACGACACCAAGAUUUUCUUAUUGACACACUGGAGCUGCGCAGUGAGCUUCAAAUUCUCAAUGACUAUUUUACCAAUCCUGGCAUACUUAAGGUAAAAAUUUAAAUGUACCCUCUAUAAUUGUAGCAAGCCAGUAAGGCAGAAAACCACUUCAUCUGCAUCUUCUGUGUGAAUCCAGUGUGCAGGUUUUGUGUUAUGCCUUAGAAUUUGCUAUUUGUUAGUUACUUGAGGUUUGACUAUUUCUAUUUCCUGCAGGUUUUUCAUGGAGCUGAUAUGGAUAUUGGAUGGCUACAGCGAGAUUUUGGUAUUUAUGUUGUCAAUAUGUUUGACACAGGCCAGGCUGCUAGGGUGCUAAACUAUGGGAAGUACUCCUUGGCUUUCCUGCUGAAAAAGUUCUGUGAUGUCACAGCAAAUAAACAAUAUCAACUGGCGGAUUGGAGGAUAAGGUUAUUAGUGGUUUUGUUGUGAAACCUUUGUUUUUUACAGCUCAAAAUUUAGGCAAGUACAAGACAAAUGAAAAGUGAAAAAAAGAGCUGAGUCCAGAUCAUUCAUGGUUAUGUUAUUUAAUUUGAAUUAGUUUUUCAUGAUGUUAAAAUUUGAUGGCCAAAAUCACAAUAUAGUAACAAUGAUCAUUCCAUGUAGGCAUUUAGAUUAUUUUAAUUAUCAAGUUUGUUUAUUUCACAGACCUCUGCCUUCAGAGAUGGUGCAUUAUGCCAGAGAAGACACACAUUAUUUGUUAUACAUUUGUGAUCGUCUACAUAAUGAACUCAUUAAACAUGGAAAUGCAAAUAACAACUUAUUACAAUUAGUGUACUCCAGGAGCAGGGACAUUUGCUUAAAGGUUUGUUGCAGUGCUGCUGACAUUUCUUGCGUGUGAACUUUGAAUUAGCCCAAGUAGUUGAACAUGUAGGUUACCACGCCCUUUCACUCCCAAGAUCUCACUAGUAAUUCCCCAUACAGUCUGCUAUACAAUUGUCAUAAUGUUUGUUUGGUGAAUAUGAUAUUGGAUCAACUGAUAAUCCCUUAAUUGAUGUUUUUGUUUAUUCUCAUCACUUGUCUGCUUGAUAUGGUAUUGAUAUUGUAAGGAUAAUUUCUGUCUUGAUCACACAUGGGUGUCAAAGGGUAAAGGUCCUCUGUGGGAAAAAAGGUAAGAAGCCAAGUGGCCCAUCUACCCAAAACUUAUCCAGGUUUCUGUAGCAUGAAGUAACUAGGAGUACAGUUCCACCCCCCUCCCAUGGGAUGCUAGUCCAGGGUAGGUAACUCUCCCCCCCCCCUACCUUGCAGAAUUUAUUGGAUUUUGAGAAUUCAUCAAUAUCCAUUUUGGUGACCUAAUUAAUUUUUUUGUUAUUGUUUUUUAUUUGUAUAGCGUUAUGAGAAGCCCUUAUUUACCAGUGAAUCUUACAGAAAAGUACUGGAGAAACAUAAGCGGACAUUUAACCCCGUGCAGGUCUUUGAUUCUUCUUAGAAGCAUUAAUUUUGAAAAUUAAACAGUCAAUACAAAUCUGCCUUACCUGAAUUUAUUUGUGACUUCAACUUUAUCUUUCUUGCUCGUCUAAUGAUUUCAAAGGAAUCUGUGACAUAGAUUGUUUGUUAAUUUACUUUUUAAUGAGCAAUUAUUAUUUUACAGAUGCAUGCCUUCCGCCUUCUGUUCACGUGGAGAGAUAAUAUGGCACGAGAAGAGGAUGAAAGCUAUGGGUAAGGCUAAAUUUGUGGAAAGGGUACUCGUCUGUCCGGUUGAAUACUUUAUUCAGUCAACAAACUUUGAAAAUGAAUUAUCUUUGGUACAAAGGGCUUGUUUGUAGAUUUAACCUUUUUAAAUUACACCUUUAACGUUUAUGACCAAAAUGUGAAGCUCAUCAAUUUUAUAUUGCAAUAAGAUCUCACUUUAAGGGAUCAAUCAUUAGCAGGGAAAUCCAAUCUUGGUUAUGUUAAGGCACUACAUCUCUUGUUUUAUCGUUUCUUUUCUUUCAGUUUUGUCAUCCCAAAUCACAUGAUGUUCCAGAUUUCGGAGACCUUACCGAGGUAGUUCUUUACUUUGAAACAAGAAUUAACCAGAUUUCGAUAAUUCGCUGUCCAUCGUGAUUCUUAGAAAUCAUUGCACCAUACUACUUAGGGUUAAGGUCAGUUGUGAAACUGUUUUAACCGGCUUUUUUUGUUUCUUUUUAGGGAGGCCCAAGGCGUCCUUGCCUGUUGCAAUCCAGUCCCCACACUUGUUAAGCAGUACGUGAAUGAGAUACAUAUGUUGAUUGUUGAAGCAAAGCAGCUUGCUCUGACCGCCAACAAGGUUUAUACAUCUCAUUUACAUGCGUAUACAAUUACUUGUAGAUAUACCUUAAUCAUUAUGAAACAUAUUAUGUAUUGCACUGAACUAAAGACAUAUUUACAACUGUUACAGUAGUGCUCGUGGUGUUGGUAACGUAAUGUUAUCUAUGUUUCUUUGAACCGUUUUUCAGAACAUCUCUUCUUCUGGCACUUCAUCUCAAGUUGACUCAGGAAACACAACAAGGCAAAAUGUUCUGGUAAUCGCCUUUUACUUAUGAAUCUGUUCUUGAAUCCCUAAAAUUGCAAUGGGUUGAAACUGUCCACAGCUGUCAGGUUUAAACAUUUCUUCUCUUACAGAUGAGUCCCAAUGUAUCUCAACCACCGCUGAUCGAUUCAGAUAAUAAACCAAACCUACCAACUGAUAAUGGUGAGACAAAUCUUUUUGUUAUUACAGAAUUUUAUCUCGUUAGUGUUAUCAUGUCAGUCAAACCUAUUUGAUUUUACCCUGUGCUUUUCCACAGGAGAGUCUGCAGCUGUUAGUCACUCAGUGAGUUCAUAUGGUCGAGUUUUGGUGUCUGGACCCGCCAUUAUCAGAGCAAAUCCUACUGUAUCGCUAUUUAAGGUAUAACUGCUACUUAGUCAGAGAGAUUUCCAUCGAGUGUCAAGAGUAUAGUUGUGUUACGCUGGGUAAAAAAUACUUUUCUGUACACUGUGAUGGUCUAGAGGACUUGCAUCAUUGCAGCCCUUGUGACGUGGUUAUCAGGGGUGGAUAAAGGGGGUGUUAACGUUAGUGUAACUACUGCUUUCUUGUCCGAAACUUAAAUGAAAGAAUGGUGUCAUUUUGUUUAUGUCUUUCUUUUUCAGAUUGUGGAAGUUGGUCAGCCUACUGAUGGGCAGAAAAAAGCAGAAAAAAUCAAAGCUUCGUUUCAAAAUCCUUUUCAAAAAGUUCGUUGUCGCUACUAUUAUCAAGUUCCUGUGUCGUUCUAUAAUUUUUGAAAUAUUUAUCAAUCUAAGUGAUGUUUAUUACAGCUGAUGAAUUUUUUUGCAGUUCCUUCCGGUGAAAAGCCGCUCGGAGACAACAGAAGGCCAUGCUGUUGUUGGUGACCUGCAGAGUGACGAACAAACGCGCAGGGUGGGUACCCUGUGUUAGAAGUAACCUUUGAAAUACAUUUUUCUCAAGAGGGGUUAUUUCUGCUGCCACUUUUAUCCGCACUUUUCUCAGUCAUUACAGAGCAAGCUUUGUUUACUUCAAUUCUCCAUCCUACACUUUCUAUCUUUAUUCGAUGAUUUGGCCUGGUAUCCUCGCAUGCCAAACUUUUCUUAAUUCUACCUUCUAUCAGAUAAACCAGCAGUGGAGACAAGCAACACAACUUCAAUCUUCGUCCACAAUAUCAGGUAAUAUAUGAACGGUGCUAUUAAAAAGUCGGUUUUUUGAACGGGGAUGAUGUUAUAAACAGGAAACAAAAAGAACAUAAAGAACAUACCUUGUUUUAUUAGCGUUAUUAACAGUUCAUUUUGGUCCAGAUUAGCGAAGCAUGUGCAUUUGUUUAUAAUGUUUUGUUUUUCUGUUUUUUUUUUCUGUUCAGAACCGACUGUUAGCCAGAAGCGUUCUCACACAGAGAACGGAGACACGCCCGAGGACUUAACACCUCUGAGAGACAAAGUAAGUGCAUUUAUUGAUUGACAGAUUAAAUUUUUCGUUGUUAAUCACAAUACAUCUAAAUUACUCGAUAACGCUUCUAGUUGAGACGUUAUUGCACGGUUGUUCGGUUUUUUUCACGUAUAUAUCUGAUUUUUUUUGUGUACCGCUAGACAACUGAAAAGUCUGCUAAAAAGAAAAGAAAAAGGGAAUCUGGAGACUCCUGCUCAUCUAUGUCUCAUUACAAUAAAGACGAAAAAAUGUCUCCUUCACAUGAUUCAGUUUCUCAGCCUGGCAGAGAGUUUGUGCCUUUCAACUACUCAGAUGUGGACUAUUCAACAUUUUUAGGUAAGAACACAUAUGGCUAGAAUGGCUUUUUAAACGAAUUUAUGUUAGUUUAUUCCACAGUUCAAAUACAUAAGUAUCAUAUUAAUCCCUGCUUCUGGCAAGUAAUUUAUGCUAGUUUAUUCCACAGUUCAAAUACAUAAUUAUUACAUUUAUCCCUGCCUUUUGCAAGUAAUUUAUGUUAGUUUAUUCUACAGUACAAAUACAUGAUUAUCAUAUCAAUCCCAGCGUCCUGCGAGUUGCCAAUACACAUUCAUUCAGUGGCAAUCCUCAGUUGGUCUAAUGGCUCAUUUGGUUAAUAAAAGCUUUGCAAUGGUAUCACAGGACAUCCUUGUUAAAGGAGUGGGUUUAUGGUGAUCAAAUAUUUAAUGAUUGAUUUGUUAUCAGGAGAUACUCAAAAGGAUUCGAGGGAAAAGGCAGUCGUUUUCAAUCCCUAUAACUCUUCGAAAGACUCUAAAGUAAGUAGCGAUGAUACAAAUUGUUAUGAGAAUGUAUUUUUUUUUUCAUUCGCUGAAAGUACUUCUUUACUUCUAGUGAAUUCUUAGGUAGCGUUUGCUUGUUAAUCGAUUAUUCAUUUGUUCCAUAUUUCUUCAACAGUCAAAUGGUCCUCGAUCCAAAGUGCACAUGAAAUCGGGACACAAAAGUUUAACGUUUUCUUCCAAAAAGUAAGUAAUCUAUGAUUGUUCUGUUGAGUAGAGAAACAGCUUAUGCCAUAACUUGAAGUAAAAUUGAACUUCCCCAAUUGAACAGACCUUGUCGCUGUCACGUAUUUUUUUAAAGGUCCUCCACGUGAAUGGAACUUUGUAUAGUAAUAUUCUUGUAUUUCUUUCUUCAGUUUUCUUUUAAAAUCUCCUCCAAUGUAGCCUUUUGUGAGCUUAAUACAGUGUACUUCCCAUUAGUUAUGAAAGGUGUUUUGACAAAGGGCUGUUGCUGCUUUUUUUUUCUCGAAAUUGAGUCGGAAGUUCACAAAAUGGUUGCAAGUUAUUAAGACUGUGCCCUGCGAUCCUCUAUGGAAACAGGUAUGACACAGUGGUAAUAGCCAUUGGCAGUAACUUGAGGUUGAUUCCCGGAAUUAGCGUCACAUUUAGUUCAAUUUGCUGCCAGCCUCACCUCAUAUCCUCCUUUUAUUUUUCAUACCCAAAAAUUCUAAAAUUCAAUUGGACCUAGAAACAGAGUGCGUGGAGCCACCUUAUGGCAUUGCCACCAAUGGCCCUCCGCUUUGAUUUCUUCCUGAUGCAGAUUUAAGUUGCCCAUGAUGGAAGAAUUCUGAUUUGCAAUGUUGUGCUUUGCACUAUUACAGGCCUUCAAGUCAGAAGCAGAAGUGGCCUCGAAGAUGACAGCAGUUAAGCCCUGACUUCAAGAGGAGAACUUACAAUUAUGCUUGUUUUGAAAUAAUUUGUGCCAGCUUUUGGACUGAUUUUACGGAAAUAGUAAAUUUUAAAUCUUGUUCGAAGCUGAUUUUGCUCAAUUUCAGGCACUUUUUUUAUGAAUUCUUAUCGUUUUUCGGGGAGCGAGGAAAUUGAUUUUAUUGAAAGACGCCAGAUUUUACUACUGAAGGGCCGUACAUGGUUACCUCUUGAUAAACAAGAAUUUUACGAGCGAUUUAAGAUAAGUCGAUUUAACCAAUUCUAUUCCUAUGAGAAAUCCAUUCCAAACGAUUUUAGAAAUAUUUUGUUGCAUUAAGCAGUAGUACAUUUUACCUGUCAAAUCGAGUGCUUGUUAGACUGGGGAGAGGGGCUUAAUCACACCAAGUUACUCGCGCUAUACUAAGACACUUGCCAAGUGUGUGUUGUGUAAUUGUUUGUUUUUAUCACGACGCGAUAAUUUGGAUAAACUGUAUGGUUUUCGAGCCCUAUGAUUGUAGCCGGUUAGCCAAUCGGAGGAUAGAGAAACCAUUUCCAGCUUCUUAGGUGAAGCACUAAAUAGGAAGGAAUUCCAUUUUUCCCUUAGUCCCACUUUUUUUUUUAGAAAACUCGCAGAUAAUAAGACACGUUUUACUUCCAAUCUUUGCUACAAUUCCCAGAGCAACGCUAUUUGAAAACAUCAUCAUAAUCGUGCUGUAAUACCAAUAUCUAUGAGUUAUCAACCAUGCGUGCUAUCAAGAUUUCUGGAUAUUGGGCGAGUUCUUUUUGGGCAUUUUUAUGGACCGAUACGAAGUCGAGGCCCUUAAAAACGGACAAAACGAGGAACGAAGGUAAUGUCCAGCCAUCUUGACUGAACAACUUUGGUCAAUAAAGGAUUUAUUAUAUC